CCAAAUCUUGAUUUCAUAGAUAUAAGCCACAAUAUGCUAUAUGGUGAAAUCUCACAAAAAUGGGGACAAUGCUCACAAUUAAAAACCUUAAUAAUUGCGGGAAACAACCUUACUGGUAGCAUACCUCCCGAGAUUGUCAAUGCAGAUAAAAUUCAUGAACUUGACCUUUCUUCAAAUCACUUAGUUGGGACGAUUCCGAAGGGAUUCGGGAGAAUGACUUCUUUGCAAAAGUUGAUGUUGAAUGGAAAUCAACUUUCAAGCUCUAUACCUUCGGAAUUUGGAUUACUUGUUGAUCUAGAAUAUCUCGACUUGUCGUCGAACAGAUUCAAUGGGUCAAUUGUGACCACUUUAGGUGAUUUUCCCAAAAUGUACCAUCUGAAUUUGAGCAACAAUCAUUUUUCCCAAGGAAUUCCAUUUAAAUUGGAAAAGUUAGUUCAGUUGAACGAACUUGAUUUAAGUCACAACUCACUUGAAGGUAGCAUACCACCAGCAAUCAGCAAUAUGGAGAGUUUGCAAACACUCAAUCUUUCUCACAACAAUCUUUCGGGUUUCAUACCAUCAAGUAUUGAAGGCAUGCACGGCUUGUUGUAUGUGGAUGUAUCUUACAAUGAAUUGGAAGGUCCCCUUCCCAACAACAAAGCAUUUCAACAAGCUCUGCCCGAAGCUUUAAAAGGGAACAAAGGACUGUGCGGCAGCGUUGAAGGUUUACAACCUUGCACACAUGGCUCGAGAAAUAACCGCAACCGGGUAUUUGGAAUCACAUUCUUCCUUAUAGCAGCAAUUAUACUUCUUUCUGCUUUUUUUACAAUUAAAUUCAUAGUGGAAAGAAAAAAGAAACAUCCAAAUAAAGCAGAAAAAAACUUGCAUGAAGAAAUAUCAUUUUCAGUUUUAAAUUUUGAUGGAAAGUCAAUGUAUGAGGAAAUCAUAAGGGCAACAGAAAAUUUUGAUUCCACAAAUUGCAUCGGGAGCGGAGGACAAGGAAGCGUCUAUAUAGCAAAUUUGUCUAGUAACAACAUAGUUGCUGUGAAGAAACUACAUCAAUUGUGGGAUGGUGAGAAGAAUUUUGAAAAGACAUUCUUGAAUGAAAUAAGGGCACUAACAGAGAUAAGACACCGGAAUAUUGUGAAGCUUUAUGGUUUCUGUUCACACCAUCGACACUCAUUUUUGGUGUAUGAGUUUGUUGAAAGAGGUAGCUUGAUUGCAAUUUUGAGCAAAGAUGAAGAAGCUAAAGAAAUGGGGUGGAGAAAAAGGGUGAAUAUUGUUAACGGUGUAGCUCAUGCCUUGGCAUACAUGCACCAUGAUUGCGUGCCACCAAUUGUGCACCAAGACAUAUCAAGCAAGAACAUUUUGUUGGAUUCUGAAUAUAAGGCCUUUGUUUCAGACUUUGGCACUGCUAAGUUUUUGAAUCCAGACUCAACGACUUGGACUGCCAUUGCAGGCACAUAUGGGUAUGUCGCACCAGAACUUGCAUAUACCAUGGAAGUGAACGAAAAAUGCGAUGUUUAUAGCUUUGGAGUGGUUGCUAUGGAAACAAUCAUGGGAAGGCAUCCUGGUGAUUUUUUCUCAUCAUUCUUAUCAGUGUCUUCUUCGUCCAUGUCGUCAUUAGCAUUAACAUUACCACCCCAUCAAAUGUCAGUUGUGGAUGUUCUAGACCAACGCAUUUUGCCUCCAACACAUCAAGAAGCAGGGGAAUUACUCUCUCUUGUGAAGAUUGCAUUUUCAUGCUUGAAUCCGAGUCCGCAUUCUCGCCCUACAAUGAAAAAAGUUUCUCAACUCCUCUCAACUUCGAAGCUCCAUUUGUCAAAGCCAAUGCGUAUGAUAACCUGCGGUGAAUUGCUUACUCUAGAUCCUUUGACGGCCUGAGAAACAGAUAAUGUGCUUGUUUUCAAUAAAUAAGUUUUGAGCCUUCCUUUUAGAAGAAAGAUUUUUCAUAGAUAUUUCCUGUAUUGUAAUUUAUUUUAUGCACUUGUUUGUUGGGGCUCUAUUCACUUUAUGUAGAUCAAUUUUUUUUUCAGUUAAAAUUGUGUUUACCCUUGUGAUGAAGAAACAGAAGUUUAUAAAACAAAGAUUUGGUUUUCAUGCAUAGGGACAAUGACUAGCGAAGAUGAGAAUGCAAUGGACACACUUUAUAUUACUAUUUCUAUAUAUGUAUACGGACUGACAUAGAGUCAUAUAGACAGAAGCAACAAAGAAGUGGACCAGAAGCAAUCGGGUUCUGACCGAAAUAGACCUACUCAUGAACCGCUUGUGGCAAGGCAGGCUUAUCACUCCCCCUACAAGAAAUCCCUCGAGGAGGAUGUUGCGCAUCACACAACUGGGGAAUUCCGCAAGGUAAAGCUGCUAGAGUAUAACUUUUUCAACAUAUUAUAUUAUAUAGGGUGAAUUAUAUUUUGCACUGUCAAAUUUAGGUGCAUUUCCAAUCUCAUAAAACGUGUAUAAGAUAUUCAUUGGGUUUGUUUUUUGCCAAACAUGUACAAACUAUUAACAUAAAACACGCACACCUCUGCAA